AUGACAUCAUUGAAGGAAAUGACGCUCGAAAAGUCCCGUUCAUCAAAACUUCAAUUUCCAAAAUGUGUUGAUGGCAAUGUCAAUAGCUACGCAAGAUUUAUUCAAAAAAUUAUCAUCAUGUUGGAUCAAACACUCGUAUCCCUCACGCCACCAGCGUCUUCUGUAAAAGCAUCGCAUGUUCUUAAUGAAUCGUUCUACACACGAAGAGAUCGCAUGGAAACCUUUACAAACUGGCCUCAUACGAAACCUAGCGCUGAUGACAUGGCAUCGAAUGGUUGGUUUUCGUGUCGAAUUGCUGAUCGAGUAAUAUGUAUCUAUUGUGACACGAUUUGUCAUCGAUGGAAAUCAACUGAUGAUCCAAAACAAGUCCAUAAACGACUUUCUCCACAAUGUACAUUUGUUUUAUCGGAAUUAUCCGAAUCAUCAAAUACUAUUCCUGUAGUAAUUCAAACUUCCGAAGAAACUUUUCGUCCUCAUCAUACAGACAUGUGUCAAAUGUCAUAUCGAUUAAAAUCGUUCGAUCAACCGGCUUGGACACAAAACACACCAACUGCACAUGAUUUGGCGUAUGCGGGAUUCUUCUACUCAGGAGAAGGUAAUGUUGUCACUUGUUUUUACUGUAAUGGGUCAUUGAAACAGUGGAAUUCUAAUGAUAGUCCUAAAGUGGAGCACGCACGAUGGUUUCCGCAUUGUUUAUACGCUAAACAUCUAUGUGGUGAUGUAUUUUAUAAUCAAAUUCAAUUAGCGAAACAUCAAUACGAACGAAAAAAUAACACGAUUGAUGAAAAUGAACUCACUAGUUUUCUUAAAGCUCGUUUGGAUCUACCCAUUGUGAGACGUCUCUCGGCAAAAUAUUCGUUAAAAAUUAUAGAAAGAUGUUACGAAGUUCAAUACAAAUUGAAUCACAAUGAUUUCCGAUCGGAUAGUGAAUUAGAAAUGAAUUGUUUUCUUUUACAAAAACAACUCGAUAUCAUUCGUGGUGAUAAACAAAAACUAAUCACUCCGUCAGAUAGUCGAAAAUCAGUACCGGUGGAUACGACUUGUCAUACUAAACCACAACAAUGUCGUAUUUGUUUUGAAGAGGAACGACAAUUGGCCUGUUUGCCCUGUGGACAUUUCUGUGCGUGUACAUGUUGUGGAUAUGGCCUUCAAACGUGUCCUGUCUGUCGUACGACAAUUCAAUCAUUUGUUCGACUGUAUUGUUAA